AUGAUCGACACAGCUAUUGACCAGUGUUAUGAGUGCCAAGUUGCUACGAAAGGAGACAAAGAAGAACCAAUCAAGGUGACUAGCAUUUCAAACCGUCCCUGGGACACAGUAUCCAUAGACAAUGGUGGACCGUACCUAGAUGGACACUACAAUCUCGUCCUGAUUGACAAGAGAACCAGAUACCCAGUGGUAGAGUCUGUACCAUCAACCGACUUCCAGACCAACAAGGAGAGAUUGAAGCACAUCUUCGCCACCUAUGGAACUCUGAGGAGAAUUGAGAGGGAAAAUGGACCCCCAUUCAACUCUAAAGAGUUCAAUGAACCUGCAAAGCAAGAAGGAUUCCAGCCCCACAGGGUGACACCCCUUCACCCAAGAGCGAAUGGAGAAGUAGAGAGAUUCAUGCAGACCCUAAGCAAGACCGAGCAAAUUGCAAAUCUGCAAGGCAAAAACCGUCUUGAGAGAAGAGAUACGGUUCAAGACAUGCUUAUUGCCUACAGAUCAACACCACACCCAGCUAUGGGAGUAGCACCUUACGAAGCCCUUAAGGGGACCACCAUGAGAACGAAGUUGGAUUACAUUGGACCUAAACAACGGAGAAACGAGAGGGAUGACAUCAUAAACCGCAGAGAUGCAGAAUACAAGCAGAACAUGAAGCAACAGAGAGAAGGGAGAAAGACCAGAGAGAAUAAUCUGCCUCUAGGAGGCUAUGUUCUUAUCAAGCAGCCAGGGAAGAACAGAUGGAGCACACCCUACGAACCUGUGUUCUACAUCGUGUACAACAUUUGUGGCUCCCAAAUAAAAGCCAGACAUGUGACAGAUUGA